AUGUCGCGCUCGCUCCGGACGAGGCCUCUGACGCUGUAUCAGUCCCGCGACUCGCAAGAGCCGGCCAUUCCGCCGGUCCGCGGGUCGUCGCGGGCAGAUGACGCCUACGGUGCCAUCGAAGAGACCAACAGCGAUGGCCGGGUACAGAUUCAGCCGCGGGAACAGAAGCGCCUCUCGGGCAUGGGUGGGGCAGUGAAGAAGGCCGGCAAAAGAUCGGGCCUGUCAAAGGCGUCGGAGGUGGGAUCAAAUUUAAAGAAGAGACUGAGCAUGCGGUAUGCCGAGCCGACAGAGAUUGGGCCGGGAGGAUUCAGCGCAAUUCCAGAGGUGCCUGCGCUGCCACCUCAGGUCAUGCCGGGCGCUCCCGAUCUGCCUCCAGGGCUCGCUCAUUUCAGUCAGUCAGAGCUGCAUGAGCCGAGUGGGCGACCAAUGCCAAUCAUGGGUCAUGGCUUUGACGACGAAGGUGCGCCCAUACCUCGAGCAAGUGGCGAUUCGGCGAGGACCAGUGGCUCCAAGGGCGUCCUCAGUCUAGAGAGCUUUGCAAAUGAUCCGGCCAUCGAUCUCGAGAUGCUGAGCCAUGACAAAUUUGACCCGCAAGCCUACCUCCGGUACAAGCUCGCACAUUCCAGUGAAGACUUUCUGAGGUCAUUUCGGAGCUCUCUCAAAGCAACCAAGGAAGCAGCCUCUUCGGACCUCAAGCAACAAGUCUUUAGAAACUAUCAAGAGUUUAUCACCAUCUCCAAAGAGAUUGCGACACUCGAAAACGACAUGUUAGAACUCAAGGAGUUGCUGGGAGAGUGGAAGACAUUGCCGCAAGCUCUAGAGAUUGACGAAAGUGGAAGCGGCGGGACUGGAAGCUUUGCUCUGACUGACUCGGCCCUGAAACGAGGCGGAAGAGGGAACAGGAAUAGUAUGAUCGACCUCCAGCAGAUUUACAAGGCGCAGAUCAUGUCGCUCUGGGAGGGCAUCGAAGGGUCACAAAAGUUCCUGCCUUUUGUUCCCGGUCGCCAUCUCAUCGCCGAGGCUUCUUCCUUUACCGAGCUCAAUUCGGCAACAUACAAGCCAAAGCAGGGCGUCGCUCUCUUCCUUCUUGACGACCUUCUCCUUGUCGCGGUGCGCAAGAAACGACAGAUGAGCGCGCGCGUCAGGCUUGUGGCCGAGCGGUGCUUCAGUCUUGGAGAAAUUGUCGUAAUCGACCUCAAGGACGGAGGAGAUCUCACCAAUGCCGUCAAGAUCAAGCGAGCAAAGGAGUCAUUUGUCUACCGCACUGAGCGGCCAGAGGACAAGCGCGCAUUGCUCAACGCGUUCAGAAGAGUCGCUGAGGAGUUGGCCAACAAGCGCAGAAAGGAGAGCCAAGCUGAAGCAGAGGCUCGCAAGAGGGACAGUGUCGCUGCUCAUCUUAGUCCCGAUGGCGCGAGGUCCUCUUCGUCGACGGCAUCGUCUCGACCAGGCGGAAGCAGUAAGACAAUGGCAGAACUACUCGCCUCUCCUGACGGAGGAGGAGUUGCGGCGGUCGCCAGCACCAGUGCCGACAAGAAGGACCCCUCGCGCUGGCUCAAUGACUUUGCGGAUGAGCUCGCCGUGACCAUUGCCCUUCGUGAAUGGGGCGAUGCCGUGUCGCUUGUAGAGAAAGGCCACACCGUCCUCUCAACUUCAAGCUCUUCGGAAACAGGCUACGAGGAGCUUACGGCUAAGCUUCACGAUCUCUCCUCUCAACUUGUCGCGGCAAUUUCGCACGACCUGUCGUCGCCGAAUCUCAAAAAGACGCUCGUCGUCCGCGAUGCCGGCUACCUGCUUCGUUUAGACAAGGGCGAAAAAGCGCGAGAAAUCUUCUUGAAUGCCAGGACAGAGCUACUGAGGCGCAGAAGUCGGCAGAUCAAGUUCGAAGGCGACGUCAGCCUACACAUUUCCGAGCUGGCUCUCGUCCACUUCACCCUGAUCAAGAAUACGUCAGAGUGGUAUGUCACAGCCUUUAGAGACUACAAAAUGGCCAGUGGCUUUGUCCGGUGGGCAGCCUUGCAGGUCGAGGCGUACGCCGAAAUCUUUCGGAGGCAGGUGUACGGCGUUGUAGACCAAGAUCCAAAGGUGAUCAAGGAGGCCAUCGACAUUACUAUGAGUAGCGCUCAGCAGCUCAAGGACGUCGGACUCGACAUGAGCUUCUUCUUGCGCGACCUGCUCAAGCCCGAUGGGCAUCGAGAAAGUGAGUCCCUUCCUGCUGCUUUAAAGUGA